AUGGGUAGAGAGAACAUAUUGCAUUAUUUACAAGAACAUAAUGAAACUGAUAAGGAGCUAGAAUUAGCUACCAACAAUGGAACCCAAGAGCCGAAAGAAAUUGAAAUCCCCCAAUUCAAACGCAAAGUUACUGCUCAUUCCAAUUUCCCAUUCACUUUAUCACCAGAUUCAACCAUAACUGACUAUUUAAACAAUAACAAAUUCUAUGUUGAUUCUAUAAAACAUAAUCAUGGUGAUCAAAUAUUUGAUUUAAAUGGUAAAGGUCAAUCCCCCCAUACUUUAUGGAUUGGAUGCAGUGAUUCAAGAGCAGGUGAACAAUGUUUAGCUACAUUGCCAGGUGAGAUCUUUGUCCAUCGAAAUAUUGCAAAUAUUGUCAAUUCAAAUGAUUUUAGUUCUCAGGGAGUCAUUCAAUUUGCAAUUGAUGUAUUAAAAGUGAAGAAAUCAUAG